GUCCAACGGGGAAAGCCAAUCAAAUCAAUAUCCAAAAUGAAAUUCUUCAUUGUGAUCCUUGCAGUCAUUGCACUGGCAUACGCUAAAGAUGAAUGGGUGCCGAAAACCGAAGCCGAACUAGCCGUUAUCGUCAAGGAAUGCCUCAAAGAUUUCCCACUUAGCAAUGAACAACUCCAGAAAUAUGCGACCUACCAAUAUCCCGAUGAAGAGCCCAUUCGAAAGUAUAUGCUUUGUACCGCUAAGAGAGUGGGCUUCUUCAGCGAACAUGAGGGUUAUCAUGCCGAUCGAGUUGCCAAACAAUUUAAAAUAGAUUUGGAUGAGGCUGAGAUCGUUGCCAUCGCUGAGGGUUGCGCGGACAAGAACGUCGAGGGUAGCAGCGUUGAUGUGUGGGCCUAUCGUGGUUACAAGUGUGUGAUAGCCAGCAAGAUCGGUGAACGUUUGAAGGCUUAUAUUCAAAAUCUCAAGGAAGAAGCAAAAAAACAUUAAAUUACUAGAA